AUGUUCAUGUUGAUGCGCUUGCUUUACAUACUCCCUCUGUUUCAUCUUAUUCAUUCGUUUCCUUCCAAGCAGCCACUAUGCCAUGAUGAUGAGAGCUCAGCCUUGUUGCAAUUCAAGAAAAGCUUUAUCAUAAACAAGUCUGUUUCUUUGUAUGAUCCUAUUGCAAAUCAUAGGAUUGAAACUUGGACAUUAGAAGGAGAAAACAGUGAUUGCUGCUCCUGGGAUGGUGUAGACUGUGAUGAGGACACAGGUCAUGUGAUUGGCCUUGACCUCAGUAGCAGUUGGCUCUACGGUUCAAUCAACUCCAACAGCACUCUCUUUCGUCUUGUUCACUUACGAAGGCUUAACCUUGCAGACAAUCACUUUAACUACUCUCAAAUCCCGUCCCAGGUUGGAACUCUUUCAAAACUCACAUAUCUCAAUCUCUCACAUUCUGCGUUUUUUGGUCAAAUCCCAUUUGAAGUUUCAAAACUUUCCCAACUGUCAUCUCUGGAUCUAUGUUGCAACUAUGAUUUGUCUUCAGGCAUAUACUUCUUACAAUUCAAACAGUUGAGUCUAACAAGCCUAGUUGGAAACCUAGCGCGCAUAGAAAACCUUGAUCUAAGUGGGGUGAAUAUAUUCUCCACGGUGCCUAAUAUCUUUGCAAACUUGUCUAAUUUAAGGUCCCUUUAUCUCCAUGAUUGUGGAAUGCAUGGGCAAUUUCCAAUAGGCAUCUUUAAGCUACCAAAUUUGCGGGUUCUUGACGUGAAGUACAACCAAGAUCUCACUGGUUCUUGGCCUCACUUUCAAUAUUGGAGUAGUCGUUUGGAGGAGAUUGACCUUGGAAGCACCGGUUUCACUGCUGAGCUACCCACUUCUAUGGGAAAUUUCGGCUCCUUGAUUGCUUUGAAUUUUGGGGGUUGCAACUUCUCAGGAUCCAUUCCUUCUUCAAUUGGUAACCUCACAAAUCUUAUUUAUCUUAAGCUUUCAAAUAACACUUUGGCGGGUAACAUCCCGUCUUCAAUUGGAAAUCUUAUCCAACUUGCUUUUCUAGACCUCUAUGAUAAUCAAUUGUCCGGUCCAUUCACUUUUGGGCUUACAAACUUGACACAACUGGUUGUCCUUAACUUGGGCGGCAAUCAUUUAUCUGGCCCAAUUCCUUUUGGGCUUAUGAACCUCACAAAAUUAUAUGUCUUGGGCCUUUGGGAAAAUGAGUUUGAAGGUCAGUUUACAAUCUCCAUCCUUAAACAAAAUAAUCUUUAUUUUCUUGAUAUUUCUGCUAAUUACCUUAGUGGAACUUUGUUUAUUUGCAACAUGACUUCUCUUCAUAUCCUUGAUGUGUCUGAUAACUACUUUAGUGGUUCACUUCUUCCGUGCUUGCACAAUAUCUUGGAAUUGAGGAUGAUUAGUUUGAGAGGAAACAAAUUCCAAGGACUAUUACCAAGAUCAUUGUCCAAUUGCACCAUGUUAGAGGCCAUUGAUGUUAGUGAAAAUCAAUUCAAUGACACUUUUCCCUCUUGGUUGGGAAAUCUUCCAAACUUAAAGCUUCUCCUAUUGCAGUCCAACAAAUUCUAUGGUCAAAUAUUAGAAAGUCCUGAAACCAAUUAUCAAUUCCCCAACUUGCGAAUUAUUGAUCUUUCUUACAAUAGUUUUAUCGGAAGGUUGCCAUUAAAGUCCUUUAGAAAUUGGAACACCUUGAAAUUGGACAAUGAAUUCCACUUGACAUAUAUUCAGGCAAAACUAUAUUCUAGUGAUGGGACAUACCAUAUGUAUUACAAUUAUGAUUAUACAAUGCAACUAACAAACAAAGGUCUAGAUAUAGCGUACGAUAAGGUCCAAGAAUUCUAUAGAGCCAUUGAUAUGUCAAGUAAUAGGUUUGUUGGAGAGAUUCCAGGUUACAUUGGAGAUUUGAAAAAGCUUCAUAUGCUGAAUUUUUCCAACAACAUUCUCAUCGGACACAUUCCACCAUCUAUAGGAAAUCUUACCAUGCUAGAAUCAUUGGACCUUUAUCAAAAUAGGCUCUUAGGAGAGAUUUCAUCACAACUAACACAGCUUAUUUUUCUCGAAUGGUUCAAUGUUUCUCAUAAUCAACUCAAUGGCUCUAUACCACAUGAGAAACAAUUUGAUACAUUUGAAAACAAAUCAUUUAAGGGGAAUGUAGGCUUGUGUGGUAAUCCAUUAUCAAAGAAGUGUGGGGAUUCUGAUUCUUCACUACCUUUACCUUCAACUUCUAAACAAAUUCAAGAUUUUGCUGUGUCUCUCUUUGAAUUUGGUUGGGAAAUAGUUUUGAUUGGGUAUGGAUUUGGACUAAUCGUCGGAGUGAUAAUUGGCAACAUUGUGGCUACAAAAAAACUUGAUUGGUUGAUGAAGACCUUUGGAAUAAGGCAACGGACACAAGAAAUGUGA